GCCGAAAUUCCUUUUUUGAGCACCCGGCAGCAUUUCAACCUUUACCAAUUUCCACCUGAGGGGGGCGCUGCAGGACUUUUACCGUACAGACGAAGAAGUACCAAGCGGGAAGCUGCAGUCCAUACAUUUAGCUGGCACGCAGCUAGCGUAGCUACAUAAAGGUGCCAACGAAGACUUGAAGAUGCCGAGGGAAAUCAUAACGCUACAACUUGGACAGUGCGGGAAUCAAAUCGGCUUUGAGUUCUGGAAGCAGCUGUGUGCAGAACAUGGCAUCAGUCCAGAAGGGAUCGUUGAAGAGUUUGCCACUGAAGGGACCGACAGAAAGGAUGUGUUUUUCUAUCAGGCCGAUGACGAGCACUACAUCCCCCGUGCCGUUCUCCUGGACCUGGAGCCCAGGGUGAUCCACUCCAUUCUCAACUCACCUUACGCUAACCUGUACAACCCGGAGAACAUUUACCUAUCGGAGCACGGCGGAGGCGCCGGGAACAACUGGGCCAGCGGAUACUCGCAGGGGAAAAAAAUCCAAGAAGACAUAUUCGACAUCAUCGACCGGGAAGCAGACGGAAGCGAUAGCCUGGAGGGAUUUGUCCUGUGUCAUUCCAUCGCCGGCGGCACGGGCUCGGGUCUGGGAUCAUACCUGCUGGAGAAGCUGAACGACAGGUACCCCAAGAAGCUGGUGCAGACGUACUCGGUCUUCCCCAACCAGGACGAGAUGAGCGACGUGGUGGUGCAGCCGUACAACUCGCUGCUGACGCUCAAGAGGCUCACGCAGAACGCCGAUUGCGUGGUGGUUCUGGACAACACGGCUCUGAACCGCAUCGCCACAGACCGCCUGCACAUCCAGAAUCCUUCCUUCUCUCAGAUCAACCAGCUGGUGUCCACCAUCAUGUCAGCGAGCACCACCACGCUGCGCUACCCGGGCUACAUGAACAACGACCUCAUCGGCCUCAUCGCCUCCCUCAUCCCCACGCCGCGCCUCCACUUCCUGAUGACGGGCUACACGCCGCUCACCACCGACCAGUCGGUGGCCAGCGUGAGGAAGACCACCGUGCUGGAUGUGAUGAGGAGGCUCCUGCAGCCCAAGAACGUGAUGGUGUCCACGGGCAGAGAGCGCCAGCCCAGCCAUUGUUACAUCGCUAUCCUCAACAUCAUCCAGGGGGAGGUGGACCCCACUCAGGUUCACAAAAGCCUCCAAAGGAUCCGUGAGCGUAAACUGGCUAGCUUCAUCCCGUGGGGUCCUGCUAGCAUCCAAGUGGCGCUAUCCAGGAAGUCCCCUUACCUGCCAUCAGCCCACAGAGUCAGCGGACUCAUGAUGGCCAAUCACACCAGCAUCUCCUCUCUGUUUGAGCGUACGUGCCGUCAGUAUGACAAGCUCCGCAAACGCGAGGCCUUCCUGGAGCAGUUCCGCAAGGAGGACAUCUUCAAGGACAACUUUGACGAGCUGGACAACUCCCGUGAGGUGGUGCAGCAGCUGGUGGACGAGUACAGCGCCGCCACCCGGCCCGACUACAUCUCCUGGGGCACGCAGGAACAGUAACUCCGCUCUAAUGACCUUUUGACCGCAGCAGUCAUGCAGGAAAACAAGCAGGAUUAGUUGGGACUCGUGUACACGUCUUGGAGCAUUUUUACCACCACUAAACAUUUGGCUGUAAAUACUAAAUGCUAAACUGUAGUAGUGGAGUAUACAUGUAUGUUUUUCAGCACUCAUGCACAAUUUUCUGCUUUUUUUUUUUUUUUUGUGCUUCGAAGGUGCACAGCCUCAAGUCAACAUGCGCGUUGAGGCGAUUGCAUGAUGGGAAUAUAUUUUUUAUUUAAAUAAAAUAGUCGGAUUCACAGGCAGUCUGCACUGACAAUGAUUAUAAACGCACUCAAAAAAGGACAUUUCAUUAGGUUAACUAGUACCAGAAAAAAAUCUAAUACCGGAAUUUGACUCUUUUUGUGCAGCUAAUUGAAGAUAAAAAUGUUUAGAUAUGCAGGUGUACCUAAUGAAGUGUCCAAUGAGUGUUAAAAGUUUCAUAGUUACAUUGCUUGUUGGACCUAUUUCAAAUUAAAAAUAAAAUAACGCAUUUAAGAGUAUU